UUACCGACUAUGUACAACAAGGGAAAUGGUUAGGACAACUAAGUAUAGUGUAAGGUAGCACCAUUUUGGUGUUUGUAACAUGGUUUAGUAGACGUAGUUGCUCAAAGAACACGAUGAGCGAACGAAGCAACAAUGACAGUUUGAAGAAAAGUUGCGACACUAUGAACAACAUCACUCCGUGGCAGCAGAUGAUUUCAUCAUGCACAGGGGCAGUCCUUACCUCAUUUUUUGUGACGCCAUUAGAUGUUGUGAAGAUCAGACUGCAGGCUCAGAAAAGUCCUAUGAAGAGGGGGCAGUGCUUUCUCUACUGUAAUGGACUGAUGGAUCAUGUCUGUUGGUGUCGGAACGGGAACGGCAAUAAUACAAAGCCUGUACAUUGGUAUAAAAGAGGCUUACCGGAGCCUUUCACUGGCACCCUCGAUGCCUUUAUAAAGAUUUCCAGACGAGAAGGCCCAACAUCGUUAUGGAGUGGUCUCCCUCCAACAUUAGUGAUGGCUGUUCCUGCUACAGUUGUCUACUUUACCUGUUAUGAGCAAUGUCGGAACAAGCUUGGAUACAGAGACGGGCUACAAGAGGGGCAGUGGUGGAAACCUAUGGCUGCUGGAGUGGUGGCCAGAACCUGGGCUGUGACGUUAAUUAGCCCUCUGGAGAUGGUACGUACCAAGAUGCAGUCAGAACAGCUCAGUUAUACUGCAGUUUGGCAAAGUGUCAGGAAAAUGGUUAGACAAGAAGGAAUCAUUCGACUGUGGAUGGGUCUAGGUCCCACGUUACUCCGAGAUGUUCCCUUUUCUGCUCUGUACUGGUUUGGUUAUGAAAGCUUUCGAUCAAUGCUGCAGAGAAUUCAUGGGAAAAUAAGAAUUGGUUUCUGGGAUAAUUUCUUUGCUGGUGCUGCUUCAGGAGCAAUUGCAGCCAUCAUAACACUGCCAUUUGAUGUCAUCAAAACUCACCGACAGAUAGAGCUGGGAAAUGUGAUGGGCUCCUCAGGUGAAAAGAAAACCAGCUCAACAUUUCGUCUCAUACAAAGUUUAUAUAGGCAGCAAGGAGUUGCUUCCCUUUUUACAGGUAUUGUUCCAAGGGUGAUCAAAGUUGCCCCUGCCUGUGCCAUCAUGAUCAGUUCCUACGAAUAUUUCAAGUCAGUGUUCAGGGAACACAACCUCAAGGCACAGAAGGCGUUAAUGAUACCAUCUUCCUAAGGUGUUUUGUUUACUGAUAUAUACAGCCUGGUGUAGCCUAGGAUACCAGCAGGUCAACUAUCGUCAAAGCAAUCAGCUUUGAUUGAUAACAGGUUGAUACAGAAUUUGUCUGACCUAACCCACCAAAUGAUUGGUAUGGAAGAUGAUUCAAAGUAAUGUUUUCCUCUUAUAAUGUACCUAAAUACUUGGAAGUCCGAGUUACUAUUGUGGAGACGGAUUCCUAACAAAUCCAGAUUCAGUAAGGACAAGUAUAGAGAAGACAGCUGUGCUUGUUUAAAUAACCUGUGAAAAGUGUCAUUGACAUCACAACUGAAGUCUUGUGAAGUAGGUUUUGAGAGGUAUGAAUAACUGAUAUUUUAAUGCAAUACCUCCAUAGGAUUUGUAUUUUGUGUUGCAAAAGAAAUCUGUAUAUAUGUGUGUGUGUAUAUAUAUAUGGAUACUUUCAAGGUAUGUGUGGAUUACAAAUCUAUUCACUUGUUUGUUUGAAGUCAGAAUCGUGUUUGAAAUUACUGAAAUUGAAUGGAUCUUGCUUGCAAAGCACUUCAGAUUGUAUGAAAACGUUUGAUUUUUCCUCUUUUAAACGUUUCUACCUGUGAUAUUUUAUAUUUUGCAUGUUUAUAGUAUGUUGAAACUGUCACUGCAGAAUCUGAACUUCAUAUCAAGUUGGAGUUAAGUUUGAAUCAUACAAAUAGUCUGUUGACGUUUAACUUGGUGUUAAAUAUUUGAAAACAAAUAAGAUGAAUCAUCUCAUUCAUGAUUUUACAUGUAAAAAUAUCCCAUAUUUUUAACAAGAUAUAUAUUUUUUGAUGAGAUAUGAAUGUAAGGUGUACCAUGUAAGUAAGUAUGAAGUCAGUGUUUCAGUAGUUUGGAUACAAGAGGUUACCCUUCAACAACAGACAAUGUAUCUAGAUGUAUCACAAUGCAUUGAUAUUAUUUGUGUAGUUUCUCCCAACAGUUUAGCUAUCAACUGUUUUAAAUUUUCUUUUUCAAAAUUUCUGCCUGCCCUGCUUAAAAAUUCUAUCCUUUCAAAAUUCUGAUAAUUGAAACUUCUUUCCUUGAUUAAUAAUGAAAUGUUGGUGCUGAAUCUUUUCUGUUAUUUUUAGAUGAAUAUCUUAAUUACUGUAAUUGCACAUGUAUAUAUAUAAAAUGUAGAGAAUAGAAUUAUUCAUCAAAGUAUGAAAUAGUUCUGAUGAAUGGCUGAUCAGAUCUCAGUUGGUCGAUGUAAAAUACCCACCUACAUUCAAAAGAAUCAAAUGUAGUGUUAUUAGUACUAUUUUACACUUGCAUAAGGUAACCAACAUUGUUUAUAAGUCACCAAGGUCUUUUAUGGUGAUUCACAGAUAAACAAAGCUGUGUGUGUUAUCAGAGACGAUCAAGUGCUCUGAUUGACAAGAUUUAAUUAAACAAACGCUAUCUGGUGUAAGGCAGUAAAAGACCGGCAAAGUUUAUGAAAAAUUUGCUUAUGUAGUCUAAUGAUAUGUAGUGUAGUUUUUACGUUCUUCAAUCUGAUGGGAAAUAUACACUGGAGCUAUCCCGUUAUAUAUAUAAAUCAGAAAAUGUGUUGGGAAUAUUUGCGAGUAAUUAUUUUUCAAACGGAAGCAUUAAUUUGUGAGCGAUACAUGAAUAACAGAGAACAGAGAACAAGUUAUUGUGGAAGUCAUGUGGGACAAAGCUUGGCUUUUACUACGGUGUCAAUUGUGUGAUUGUUUUAUUCCUUAGGUCAGUGUACAGUUUAUCUACUUUUCUAUGUGUUCAUGAAAACUUGUUAUAAAUAUCUAGAUAUGGAAUACAUGGACUUUUACAUGUGUAAAUAAUCUGAUGAGCUUCAACAGUUUGAAGUUUAUUAAGGGGCAUUGUAUCUAAAAUUUUAACAAUCUACUUGAUGUUUGAUGACGUAGAUGAACCAUUUUCUAGUCAGUGCACUUUCAUGGCAUUUUCACAACGGCAUGCAUUACCUCUUCAUUUUCGCUAGUUUAUUGCUUUCAGCCUCCAGAUUGUAUAUUAUUAUUCAGUUAUCAUGGGGGUUUCCUUACUUAACUAAAAUAUUGGAGUCAUUAAUAAAUCAUGUGAUUAUUGAUUUUCAAACGUUGAAGAGAUUUGAGAGUAUCAAGUCAUUCCAUGAAUUUUUACCUUUAAUAAUUAGUUUCUUGAUAAUGUAUUCAAGAGUAUUUAAUGAAUAAAUUAAUGAAACAUCA